UGCAACAUCUUGGUUCCAGACCAACAAGAUUGACGUUAUGGAGUGGCCAGCCCAAUCCCCGGAUCUUAAUCCAAUAGAAAACUUGCAUGUGUAUUCGUCCAGUACAGGGGUGGACUGACAACUCAUGGGGCCUCCGGGCAAUAGGGGAUCAUGGGGCCCCUGUGUCCUUGCCCACAGUCAAACCAGACCCAAAAAAGCCUAUGAAAGGUACCAGGGACAUCUCAUGGGGCCCCCUACUGUCCCCAGGCCCUUGAGCAGUGCCUGAGUUCCCCAGUGGUCAGUCUGCCCCUGGU